AGCCGAGCGCCGCACUGUCGGCCAGCCGCACUUAAGUGAGGGACCGCAGAGUGCUCCCUUUCUCCUCCCGCGAAAAUCCCCUUUUUUCGCGCUGCCGUCCGCUCCUUGAACAGCUGGACGCGAAAGGAGGAGGAGACCUGUUGCUUUACUUUCUCGGCCCGGACGGCGACGUAGUGCCAAGUGUGCGCGCCCGUGCGUGGCACCCGACUGACUUCUACGAUACGUGGUGUAGCUGCCACUCGGCAACACUUCCUUCUCGGCGGCACCCACGCGGCCCGUCCCAUGCCUUGGCCGGCCUGCAGUGGUGGCCCCCGCAGCAGCGGAAUCCAGAGGCAGCAGCGCAGCAGCAUCUCCCCGAAAACGGCGGCCUCAGUCCGGUCGUGAGGCUUGACCAGCUCCGCACGCACAACGACCCUGCAAGGCAUGCGACUCGACGGACUGGUCUUCAUCGCCGUGGUGUCCCUGGCGACCUGCUUACUUUCCCUUGCCACAGAAGCCCAUGGCAGAGCCGCCCCGAGGAAGAAUAGGCGCAUCCUGGACCUUCCUCUGGAGUGGCCUCGCCCUCGGCGACGCGACCCCACGGCGCCGCCCUCGAGUCCCUAUCGACAUGGGCUACGUGCGGUCGGCGGAGUGCUGCCCGUCCGUGACAGAGGCCAUCCAGCCACUUGGCGGCGUCUCCAUACGGGUCCGCAUCCUGGAGCUGUACCGCGAGCCCAACGCCACGCAACGCUUCUAUCAGACGUCGUGCCGAGAGCAAGUCAAGGGCCGCCCCUGCCGCUACGUGCGCACCAAAUACGAAGCCCAGUCACGCUGCGUCCAGACGUACAGCUACAUGUACGCGCUGGUGCGCGAGUUCCAGUCCGACGGGCCCUGGAGGCUCGACUACAUCCGCUACCGCAGCGGAUGUUCCUGCCAGGUCCACCGGCCCAGGUACCCACUCAACCUGCUUGCGAGCAGACCUUGAUUCACCCGACCCUUAUCCCACCUGAGGACGACUGGACGAGACCUGCUGGUGUAGGCCUGUCCGGUCAAGAGGCGCUGCCGCUGAACUGUUGCUGCUGUGACGACUGACACGUCGAGAGACUUGCAGCGCGAGCCAAACGAGGCGUUUUGUCUUUGUCAUUGGAUAUGGAAAGGUCGAUGCGUCAGAGGUUAUCUUACCAACUAGCCCAAUCCAGUGUCCUCUUACGUAUAUCUCAAAGUGUUCGAAUGGCAGUAGAAGCAGUAACAGGUGAAUGCCAGCAGCCGGCGCUCUCUCGUGUUCUGUCGCUCCAGUGUUGGGCUCAUGCGUACUCCUAUAGCUCCAAUACCGAUCAGCCCUAUCAGAAGAGGCGUUAUUUACAUCUGAGUCCCUCAUCCCUUCGCCGCACCUCGCAGCAAAGUGCCGCGACAGGGCAGUGCACGUGGGCGAACGAUUUAUCGGGCACGUCCACUCAAUUUAUGGCCUCCCUAGCGACUUCAGCCAUGCCUAGAUGACUAUUCCCCAUAGCUGCACCAGACGAUAAGCGCAUCCCGAUGCCCGUGCCUCACAGGCCAGUUGGCACUCAACACCAUAUAGGCUGGGGAUCUUCCACAUCGUUCUCCCUGUUGUAACACUGAAAGUAUUUACAUAUCAAGUACACACAUGCCAGUAUGGCACGUGCAUACAAUCAAAGCGCCUGCUGUGUUCACUGAAAGCAAUGUCGCAGAGUGCACGUGUAAAGCGGCUGCCGUUUUCGUUCGUCGUAGUGUCCGUGUAAUAUAAUCGUCACUGUCGCAAAGGUAUUUGUGUAUCGAGAAGCAGGCGUCCAUCAACUAAUCUUGGGGGCGUUUAUGAGCGCCUGAGCACAGCUGAAUAUAGUGUACUGCCCCUUAACACAGUGCAGCGUUCCCGGGCUGAGAACUAUCGACUGCACGAGAGUUUCUGAGAUAUAUGCGUCUAAUUCUGAAUGCUGACUGGCGAUACCACGACGCGCAAUGCAUGAUAUCGUUUCACUUCUUCUGCAUCUGUACCACUGCACUUCGAUCUCAUUCCAUUUCAGUUAAUGCAGGUGCAGAAAGGCAACCGACAGGUUUUGACGUCCAGGUGGUCCACAAUGCGGAAGUCAUGCGGCCAACUUUGUUCAAAUUGCAACGGUCGUCCACAUUACAGAAUUGGUGCUGGCGAUGGUGUAUCUACUUAUGGCUGCGAUUCAGAACGCAACGUAUAGCAUGUACAUGGAGUAGUAGCGACUAAGGCUUAGAAAAAUUAACACGAAGUGGCCCGCAAACACGAAAUGCCAUGAGCUCUGCCCAUAGUGUCUCGCCUUGGUCGGUCAAUCGUCAUCCCCCUCUUUCAGCGUCUUUAUACAUAUUUUCUUCGUAUAUUACAGGGACGGGAGCACUGGUUAUACUUGUGCACAGGCUAGAAUUGCUCGUAUCUUUCUGUAUACGGCUAUUUCGAAGCACUGCAACGAGAGAUUGAAAUCUCGCAAAGAAAGAUGCUCGGAGAAAGUUCGUCGUAUACCACGACAACUAGGGUAUCCAAUGUGACGUUAUAGUAACGAUCUUCGCGGGUGCUAAUAGUUAACAGCGUAAUGCCAUUCAGUAACUUUAUAUAAGCCUUUGCAACGUAGCAACCUUCAACAUAUCAUGCCAUUAUUUUACGACGAAAACAGUGCGCGCUAUAAAUUAAUGACCCCAUGUCUUCUGUAAGAGCUAUUCUUCUCCUGCUCCUCAGACGAGAUCAAUGGAACCAUGUCAUAAAUAACCAACAAACGCGCACGAAGACGGACCGCAGUGUGAUGUGACAAAGAUGACAGGUUGUCCCAGAUGCACCGCACCGCUCUGUUCAAAUGACGAAGGCUCAGUAGCACACGCAUGCAUUUCUACGGGCCAGCCCGCACACCUCCACUCGCGUGUACCCGGUAUAUUGUGAUCCUUCGAGCGCAGCACUUUGCAGUUGAAGAUGCUUAUUCUCUUUCGACGCCUUUUACUUUUCUUCUGCCAGCACCGAAGAUAAGCA